CCAUCACUACGCUUCGUCCUCACACCAUUGUCCUGCAUGAGAUUUUCACAAACAACUCUAUAGCCUAUUGUCCGCAUUUAGGGCAGGGGCGCUCGGGACUUCCGCAAAACGCUGAACGCCAUCCCUUCGGUCGAUCGGUCGGGGCGAGAAGAUCGCCAAGCCCGGUUUUGUUGCUGUUUGGGGGCGAGGGAAGGGGGGGGGAAGCGACGGAUCGCAGUUCGGUUGCUAAGGGCCUUAGGUCGCUAAAGCAGCUUCUAGGUUGCCAACGAAGUGAGGUCACGGAACACGCGCGCGCGCGCUCGUUCCUUCGGUGCUCCCGGGUUUGCUGGAACAAAGGUCGAAAGGGGCGGGCAUUUCCGGUCAGGAUGAGGCGGAAGCGGCUGCAUCUCUGAGGGCGAGCAGGUGCCGGAAUGGGGGUGAGGGUCGAGGAGUUGGGCUGUGUGGUGGAGCUGCCGUCGGAGCAAAGUGCCGGUGCGAGUACUGAGAAGGGGGCAAAAGUCAACCUGCCUGUGGUGAUACUACUUGGGUGGGCUGGCUGCAAGGAUAGGUACUUAGAGAAGUACAGCACCAUCUAUUUGCAGAAGGGAUGUGUAGUGAUCCGCUAUACGGCUCCAUGGAGACUGGUGUUUUUUUCAGAAUCCUUGGGUAUAAAGUCUCUGCAGGACUUAGCUAAGAAGCUUCUGGAAGUCCUCUUUGAUUACAAACUGGAGAGGAGACCUCUGUUUAUUCAUGUCUUCAGCAAUGGAGGUUCCAUGCUCUACCGCUACAUUGUGGAACUCCUUCACACUGAUCAGCAGUUCCAGCAUCUGAAGGUGGUGGGUACUGUGUUUGACAGUGCUCCUGGCCAGAAGAACCUGAAGGGUGGCCUCCGUGCACUCUCUGUUGUCUUGGCACCUUAUAGUGUCUUUGUUAAGUAUCUUCUUCUGUUGACAUUUGCGGUCAUGGUAGUGUCAUUGCGAGUCAUGCUGUAUCCUCUGACACGCUUUGUACAUGAGACUCACUAUGAUGCCAUGUUGAAGCACCCCUCUGGGUGGCCCGAGCUCUACCUCUACUCCAAGGCUGAUCCUGUCACUAGAGCAAACGAUGUGGAGAACAUGAUAGAGGCUCGGCGACAGCGUCAGGUCCUUGUUAAGGCUGUGGAUUUCAUGGACUCUGAUCAUGUCAGCCAUCUGCGGGCGUAUCCAACCUCAUAUAUGACACAUUGCACUUCAUUCUUGUACAGUUGCAUUGGAAACACUUAGGUUUACUAGAGUGAGUGAUGCAAAUGCAUCAACAUAGACUUUCUCUUCUACUCACCAAUUUAAUCUUAAAGCAUUCACAAUUGCUCUUGACAGAAUUUUUGCCCUUCACUCAUGGAAGUCAGCAUAUUUCUUAGAAACUAAAUAUCUGAAUUUUUCCCUUUGCUGAGCAGCAUGGAGUAGGGCUGCAGAAUAAAUGUGAGGAAACCCAAACUGAUGUGUUUUAUGAUGUAUUCCUUUCUGUAGGUUUUGGAAACAUGCUUAGGAAGGUGCUCUGCACUGGGUUGUGAGUGCUUGCACACCUGUGUAAAGAUAAUCUAAGUUCUGAGACUUGCAGAAAUAUGCACAUCUGCAUAUAUCUCUUUAUUUUGUAUAUUGCAUUGUUUCUUGUCAUGAGUGGCAAAGAGCUGACUGUACCAAACACUGAAGAUAUGCCCAAGGCGAUAACUGUGCCGAGCACAGGAAGUUUUAUUCAACUUUCUGUUAAGUUUCUGGCAUUUUAAUAACAAGAAGCUCUUGAGCUUACUUGUCUUUUUUGUCAGUUUGAUACGUAUAUUUUAUAUGGGGUCACACCAUCUGUGCAGCCAGGCCUGCCAAUGCUACUUUGAGCGCCUUCCUUUGCUAUAUUUCUGUAUUGUCUGUCUCUUUGCAGUAUUGUUUAUUUGUGAUGCCGAAACAGAAGCUAUUCCUUGCUGUAGUCUUCCCAGCAGUUAGUUGAUCUUCUGCUGACUCAAGGGUUGCUUUUUCUUCUCAAGCUUUCUUUGUGAGCAGUGACUUUUUAAUUGCGGGUAGGUGGAGACCUCUUGGGGACUUAAAGCAGUCCAAAUGGCACCAUAUGAUGAACCAGGCUACAGAAUGAAACAUAGAAUCUCAGUAAGUAAUAUUCUGAAGACAGUUCCAUAUCUCUUUUCUGGAGGUGUAUUUCACAUUGCAUACACAAAAUAACACAGAGUCCUUAUUAAUCUGAAACUGAAUUUUGCACCUGUAGACACACGAGGGACAGGCCAUGGUUCAAACAUGGUCUCCCUUUUGUAUUGGUGGAGGGAGGUGACUGUCUACUACUUAGACCUUGACGCACAGAACAGAAUCUGUGCCAAAAAGUAUGAAAUGUGAAAAAUGCAGAGCAGAAAAAACAUUCCUUUGUUAUCCCAUUUAUAUUGAUACAGUGUUACAUAGUAAGUAAUUAACAUUUGUCAGUUUGGGAUUAUCAUGCGCCUAUUGCAUGGUCUGGAGCACUGGCCAAGUUCUUUUUGCUGAUUUAAUGUGCAUUAAAAUAGUGGUCUAACUCA